UAUACGUCAAUAGAGAGAGAGAGAGAGAGAGAGAGAGAGAAACAAACUGGAUCGCAGUGUGCGCAGGCGUAAUAUAUAUAUCAGCACGAGGCACGAGAUUAUUUCAUCAUUACUGAAUAAUGCUGCACUUACUCUUAAUCGCAGUUUGGGGAUGUCUCAUCGGUGUCAAGAGCUUCCCGCUGCACGACUCUGCUCCACAUUUGGCAAAUGACUGGGGACAACCUGUCCGACACCGACAUCUGUACGCGGCAAGACGCGGUUUACAUCUGCAAAUACACACAGAUGGGAAAAUAACUGGAUCACACGUGCAAACCCUUCACAGUUUGCUUGAGAUAUGGCCGGUGGAUAUGGGUUUUGUUGCCAUCAAAGGGGUUGCAAGCUCCAGAUUUCUCUGUAUGGAGAGGCAUGGGAAAUUGUAUGGAUCGCACAUCUACACGCAAGAGGAUUGCUCCUUUAUAGAACGGGUUCUGCCAGACGGCUACAACAUCUACAUCUCGAGCAAACAUGGAGCCCUGGUGAAUUUGGGUGGUGGAAAAAAAAACAAAGACGGGACUUCUCUAUCCCAGUUCCUUCCCAUGCUGAACACACUACCGCAGGAACCCACCUCCGACCAUCAAUCAGGGGAACAGCGCUCUCCCAUUGACCCUGAACACGACCUUCAGUUAGGUCUUCAGAUUGACAGUAUGGACCCUUUUGGAAAAAUGUCUCAAAUAGUGAUCCAAAGUCCCAGUUUUAACAAAAGAUGAGCAGUCAACCAUCAUUUGUGGAUGUUCUGAGGAAGCGACCCAGAGCUGAAGGUCCGGGUUCUCGUGCAGAAACAAAGGACUGUGUGAAAUAUGUCCGGAGCACAGGGAAAGACUUUCAAAAGCCCUGCGAUGGUCAAUUCCACACACAGUGACGGAGAACAUGCAGUUCUAUGGACUGCAA